AUGUCGAACCCCACCCCAGCCCAGGAAGAAUUCAACGCGCUGCUAGCAGCAAACUCUCGUGACGAGAGCAGAGUACACCCCGAGGAUCGUGACUACCACCGCCGUGACCAACAAUCCUUCGAUCUCGACGAAGACGAGACCCAUCGCAACUCCCAAAUCGACGCCGCCAUGCGCAUGCCAUCUCUAGGCCAUACCGGCUCCGACCUGAAGCUGCCUCCGGCUAGCUUCGAUGCCGGUCGUACCACUGGUGUCAAGGGCGUCAUCGCCGAUGCUCGAAACUACGAGAAUGCCCGCAAGACCUCCUUCAUGAGCCGCGCCCGCACGACAGUGCGCCGCUCCAUUUUCGGCUUGGACGGCCUCAACACUCAGUCUCGCUCAUCACACAAGAGCGGGAGCGACACGGACGAGGGCAAUGGCAGCGACUCAGACGACAGCUUCAUGCAACAAUGGCGCGAAAGCCGCCGAAGAGAGCUUGAGAGCGAGUCCAGCAAAGUCAUUAGGAACCGAAGAACAAGCCCUAGUGUGCGAGUCUACGGACGUAUGGACGUUGUGGACGCUUUGGGCUACCUUGAUGCCAUCGAGAAGGUUGCCCGGGACACUGUUGUCGUUGUUUUUGUCUAUGACCCAGAUUGCGAUGUAUCUGCGACGAUAGAACACGCCAUGCUGCCACUCGUAUCGCAGCACUCAACAGUACACUUCGUCAAGGUCCACUACCUCGAUAUCGAGUUUGAUAACGCUGCUGUGCCUGCAAUCCUGGCAUACCGCAACCAGGGUGACAUGAUUGCCAACCUGACCGGCAUCAUCGAAAUGAUCCCUGACGACGAGAUAUUUGGUACCGAGACCCUGGCACGUCUUUUCCACAAGCACGACAUCCUGUGA